AUCCAACUUUAUUAGCACCGGAAGUCUAAGCGGAAAUGCUACACACGUUUUUCUUGCAGGCUUGAAGGUUAAAGACUAAGCAACCGGUAGGUUUUUGGCAGACUGUCUGCAGGAGAGGGUCACCAGGACGGCGUGUUUGUUGUAAAAGUCUGGAGUGAGCAGCACUGAAGCGCAGACAUGGAUCCCAUGAAGGCACAGCAACUGGCGGCGGAGCUGGAAGUGGAGAUGAUGGCUGACAUGUAUAACCGAAUGACCAACGCUUGUCACAGGAAGUGUGUACCGCCUCAUUAUAAGGAAGCAGAGCUGACAAAGGGCGAGUCGGUGUGCCUGGACCGCUGUGUAGCCAAAUACCUGGACCUCCACGAGAAGCUGGGACGCAAGCUGACGGAGCUCUCUGUCCAGGAUGAGGAGAUGAUGAGGAAGGCAGCUGUUGGCAGCGGAUAGAAACACUGAUGAAUUGAACAAAGUGAAGCACUGUGGGGAUUUCAAGGUUAAGGGGUGGGUUAUGUUUUUGGUCUCUCCCAGAUGAGAGAGAGAGAGAGAGGGAGGGGUUUUUUUUUGGAAUUGAAAAAAAAUUCAAAGUAAUGUUGAGGGUCACCUGAGACUAGAACCACUUCUACAGGAGAGGGCGAGACAGUGGAUUCUGCUGGAGCAGCAUGAGGACAUGGAUAAACUGUUCACAGAGGUCCACAGGCCACCCUGGAUGUGUCAGAUUACUCAACAUUCAUCAUGGCCUGGUCCUCAAGAAGUAACAAGGACUGAACAGAGAGGAGAAAGGCCUGGGACUCAUGAUAUCAUAUUAGAGUCAUACUUUGUGCUUGUUUUUAGGUGCUCAACUACCUUAUGGGGAUAUAUCAACCAUUUGGUACUUACAGCAGAUGAAAAUGAAACACUUUUGAAUCAUUGUCACCUAGUCUCUGUUCCUAAAUCAUUAUUUGAACUCAAGUAUUUUUUUAAAGGUUGCAACAGAGUAUGACAAUAAUAUAGAAAUACCUAACUCAUAAUUACGCACAGUUUUAGCCUCAGUUUUGUACAAAACCAUGAAAUGCAGUGAAUCAGAUAAACAGACUGGGGCGAGGCCAUGCACGGAGGGAAAUAGUGUAUGGCUGAUGCCGAAAUGUCUUUCUGUUGAAGACACUAUGCAGAGUUUACACUCUUACAGACCCUGGAGGGUGCUGUAUUGGCUCAGAUUCAGACUGUAAAUUAUGCUGUUCUGGUUACAUGGAUGUGUAUUGAAGAAGACCUGCUCAUUUGUCAUGCCUCUCUUGACUGUUAUGUGAUGUAUGUCAGUGGACCAUGUUUUUGACUGUGAUUUUUUUUCUGUAACUACUCUUAGUGAUGCAGCUUUUCAUCUCCAUAUUGUUUGUAUAAGCUGCAUUUCGCUAAUAAAACAUGCCAUCCUUUAUCUCAUCGAAA